AUGAGGAAUACAAAGUUCCCUAUACGUUAUCUAAUCGUCAUUUUGACCUUCCUUUGCACCUGUGUAUGUUACAUUGAACGUGUAGGCUUUUCAAUUGCAUACACAAUUGCUGCAGAUGAUGCAGGAGUUAGUCAAUCAAGCAAAGGCACCAUUCUGUCAACAUUCUAUUAUGGGUAUGCUUUUUCUCAAGUCCCUGGUGGAUGGGCAGCUCAAAAGAUUGGAGGAAGGCGUAUUCUCCUUUUCUCAUUUGUGAUAUGGUCUUUAACAUGUGCAUUAUGUCCAUUAGACCCUAAUAGAGUAAUGGCUCUAGUUAUAGCUCGUUUACUUGUUGGGGUAGCUCAAGGGUUUAUCUUUCCCUCUAUUCAUACAGUUUUAGCACAGUGGGUCCCACCACACGAAAGGUCAAGGUCUCUUUCUCUCACAACUUCCGGAAUGUACCUAGGUGCUGCUCUUGGCAUGCUUUUUCUCCCUACUUUAGUGAAGUUCAAGGGCCCACAAUCUGUUUUUCUUGCUGAGUCAGCUUUAGGUGGUUUAUGGUCACUUCUUUGGCUAAGAUUUGCUAGUGAUCCCCCUCGUUCUGAUCACCCGAAAGCAACUGCAGCUGGUUUUGGAGAAUAUUUGUUGCCAAUUAGAGAUUAUCAAAAGUUGAACGCAGAAAUAAUAACUACUCAAAUCCCAUGGAGGAAAAUCUUUCUGAGCUUACCUGUUUGGGCUAUUUUAGUCAAUAACUUCACAUUCCAUUACACUUUAUACGUGCUUAUGAACUGGUUGCCAACAUACUUUGAACUUGGGUUGAAGUUCAGUCUUCAAGAAAUGGGUUCUUCUAAAAUGAUGCCAUAUCUGAACAUGUUUGUUUUUUCAAAUAUUGGUGGGAUUAUUGCUGACCACAUGGUAACAAAGAGAAUCUUGUCUGUGACAAAUACAAGAAAGGUUUUGAAUACUGUAGGGUUUUUAGUGUCUGCAGUCUCAUUAAUGUUGCUUCCUCUUUUUAGAACAUCUGAAGGGGUGAUACUUUGUUCUUCAGUGGCUCUUGGUUUUCUUGCAUUAGGAAGAGCUGGAUUUGCAGUGAAUCAUAUGGAUAUUGCUCCUAGAUAUGCUGGAAUUGUGAUGGGUGUCUCUAAUACAGCUGGCACUUUAGCUGGUAUUGUUGGAGUUGAGCUUACUGGGCAGCUUCUAGAAGCUGCAAAAACCAAGAAUUCAGAUCUUUCUAGUCCUGAUAGCUGGAGGGCAGUUUUUCUUAUACCUGGAUUACUCUGCAUUGCAAGUUCUGUGAUUUUCCUUUUAUUUUCAACUGGAGAGAGAAUAUUUGAUUGA